AUGCGGUCUGGCUUGGAUACACCUGGCGCUCUCCCACUCCUUAUCCUUAUUGCCUUUUCGCUUCUCACAUUGGUGCCAUCACUGCCGAACCUCUAUAACUCGAAGCUCGCGGACUUCAGCUUCUAUACUGGUGGAGCUCGCCGUACGUCCCCCUUUCGGUCAAUCUCAAGCUCACGCGAGUCAACUAACCAAGUCGACUGUCCAGAGGUCCCUCUCCUUCGAGAUAGUGUCACCGAAUUAGAACCGAAAGCACCCCCACUCAAUGAGCCUCACAAAUCAUGGAUACUUGCAUCGUCACAUCGAUCGCGAGGAAAUCGCGCACCACUAACCGCGCGGGUUGAAAAUCCCGCUGUGGUCGCGGCCAGCGAGACGACCGCCGUCGCAAAUAAAAGUCGACUUCCAUCGUUAACCCGCGAAUCCUCGUUUUCAUUCAGUCGCAGAGCCCGCGCAUUCAGAACCUAUUUCAUCCAGCAAUUAGACGACUACCCAUUCCUCACGUCAUUCUCCAACCGCAGCCUAGUUGCAGGCUCGACGCACCCAUAUCCUCCCAUCACCAUGAAUGAAUCUUUAUCAACCUCCGACGAUCAAUCUGCUCCAACAAGCAUCCCGUCAUAUAAUAAUUCAUCCGACAGUAUGCAAGGAAAGCUACUUCCCUUUCCUGCCUUCCUCCGUGACAUGUGUCAGCAGGCCUGCCAUGUCGCCAUUGAUUUUGGAAAACGCGUCGGACUCCACGGAGCAGAUUAUGCGAAAUCCAUCUCCCUCUUGGAGUGGAUUAUAGGGGCUCCCACAUCAUUAAUACCUAACCCCACAAUUCCAACCCCCGCUGUCUCAAAUCAAGACCCAUUCACCCCGCCUGAGCAAGCACCGCCCCAACAAAAAGUUGGCUCUGAGGAUUCCACCGAUGCUGCUGCUGGUCGGCACUCGCAAGAACUCCAUGGAAGCUGCAUGGCGGUUGUGAUUGGUCUUGUUGCGGGUAUUAUGUGGUUCUAG